UAAAAGAGCCGCACGUUGUUCAGACUCAAGACUCCAGUCUGGGUUUACGCAAAGGAUUACCAACAACAAUACCAACACACACUGGAGAUAGUGAGCCUGAAUACUUCAGCAAGAUGUCAGCUUUCAACUGCUCUUUUGAUCUAAUGACUGAAAAUGGAGAGUGGCUUUGUCCUAAAGGAGAAGAGUGUACUAAUAUUACUCAUGGCAUGAAUGGGAGCCAUAUUGAUUAUGAUCAUACAUGUCUGACAGAGGAAGGGUACCUAGAAAAAUAUCUGGGUCCUCGUCGAUCACCUCUGUUCCUCCCCAUCUGCCUGAUCUAUCUUGUCAUCUUCCUGGUGGGCGUUGUGGGGAAUGUGCUGACUUGCACUGUCAUUGCACGCAACAAAGUCAUGUGGACUCCAACAAACUACUACUUGUUCAGCUUGGCAGUGUCAGACCUGUUAGUGCUACUGUUUGGCAUGCCAUUAGAGCUCUAUGAGCUGUGGCAAAACUACCCCUUUCUCCUGGGAACAGGAGGCUGCUACUUUAAGACCUUCUUAUUUGAGACUGUCUGCUUGGCAUCCAUCCUAAACGUGACGGCAUUGAGCGUAGAGCGUUACAUUGCUGUGGUCCACCCACUGCGCGCAAAGUACGUUGUGACACGUACUCACGCUAAGAGAGUCAUUCUCACUGUGUGGGGUGUAUCGGUGCUGUGUGCUGUGCCCAAUACAAGUCUGCAUGGGAUUGUUUUUCUGCACAGUCGUUCCACCGGUACUGCUGGAACCACAAAUGUGGAGAUUGCUGACUCAGCCAUGUGUAUGUUGGUGAAACCACGCUGGAUGUACAACCUGACCAUCCAGGUGACCACCUUGCUAUUUUUUAUUCUGCCCAUGCUCACAAUCAGUGUUCUUUACAUGCUCAUUGGACUGCAACUGAAGCGUGAAAAGAUACACCAAGAGCUGGAGGCAAAAUCUGGUUUUGGACAAGACAGCUUUUGUAACAUCCGCACACAGCAGCAGAAGGCACGUCGCCGGCAGGUCACUAAAAUGUUGUUUGUCUUGGUAGUUGUUUUUGGAAUCUGCUGGGCCCCAUUUCACACUGACCGGUUAAUGUGGAGUUUCAUCAGCGACUGGACUGACACCCACUUUGAAAUCUUCCAGUAUGUGCACAUCACCUCCGGAGUGUUUUUCUACCUCAGCUCAGCAGUCAACCCAAUCUUGUAUAAUCUCAUGUCAACACGCUUUAGAGAAAUGUUCAAGGAGGUCAUGUGCCACCGGCCACAUCCCAUCACUCCGAGAAAACACUCACUCAGUGUCACCCGGGUGACGCUUCGCAGCACCCUGAGUGAUGCGCCGCUCAGCAAUGGAGCUGCUGCUGUUGAGGUAGAAGACGAGGAAGUGAGAAUGAAAUAUGAAACCAAUUUUUCUUCUUAA